AUGGACGACAAGGUCGCCAGAGUCAGCGAAGAUGACCAUGCCCCAGCUUCGGAGAUGGUCAAAGACACAGCCAUUGCAAAGCAGGCCGCAGAAGAGGAACAUAGCCUCACGUUACUCCAGGCUAUUCGGAAAUAUCCCAAAGCUGUCUUGUGGUCGGUUCUACUUUCAACCUCAAUCAUAAUGGAAGGUUACGACAUUGUCCUGAUAUCAUCUUUCUUUGCUCAACCUGCCUUCCGGGAGCACUAUGGGACCUACCAACCUUCAACCGAUACAUGGCAAAUCACAGCUUCUUGGCAGAACGCUCUCAGCAACGCUGUCAGUGUUGGCACCAUCAUCGGAGCCUUUGCCAAUGGUUACUUCACGCAUAAGCUUGGAUAUCGCAAAGUACUUCUCGCCUCCUUGGUAGCCAUAUGUGGCUUCAUCUUCAUAUCCUUCUUCUCACCUAACCUCCCUGUUCUUCUCGUCGGACAAUUCCUAUGUGGCAUCCCAUGGGGUGUAUUUGCUACCAUGGCCCCCGCAUAUGCUUCCGAAGUCUGUCCUAUGGCAUUGAGAGGUUACUUGACCGUUUACGUUAACCUCUGCUGGGCUAUCGGACAACUCAUUUCGGCCGGUGUACAAGCCGGCUUCUCGAACAAUACCGGACACUGGUCUUAUCGAGUGCCAUUCGCUAUUCAGUGGGCAUGGCCUCUUCCGUUGUUCGCAGUUCUUUUCUUCGCACCUGAGUCACCAUGGUACUUUGUUCGUAUCGGUGACUACAACGAAGCCGAGAAAUCAGUUAUGCGACUGAGCUCUUCAAAGGAACCUGGCCAUGCCAAGCAAGCAGUCGCCAUGAUGAUCCAUACCAAUGAGAUCGAGAAAUCAAUCGAUCAAGGUACCUCAUAUAUGGACUGCUUCCGUGGAAUCGACAGACGCAGAACUGAGAUUGCUUGCAUGGCUUUUGCGGCUCAACCUUUUUGCGGCUCGGCCAUGGGUGGGACACCGACAUACUUCUUUGUACAGGCUGGACUUCCCGAGUCCAUAUCCUUCAGAAUGUCUGUCGGCGGUCUAGGCAUCGCUUCUGUUGGCACGAUCAUCUCUUGGUGGCUGCUAGCUCCCUUUGGCCGGCGCACGUUGUAUCUCUGGGGCCUUGGUUUGCUCACAGCGGUACUGAUGAUAGUAGGUUUUAUCAGCGUCGGUGCAGGAGACUCACAAAGCGGCAAUUAUGCCCAAGCCAGUAUGAUGCUCAUUUGGUUGGGGGUUUAUUACAUGACAGUAGGCCCAAUCUGUUAUGCCAUCAUUAGUGAAGUGAGUUCUACUCGUUUGCGAGCAAAGACGGUUUGCGUCAGUCGAAUCGCUUACUACAUUGCCCAAAUCAUUUGCAAUGUCAUUAACCCAUACAUGCUGAACCCAACAGCUGGGGACUGGCGAGGAAAGACUGGGUUCUUCUGGGGCGGAUGUUGUUUUUUCUUCUUUAUCUGGACAUUCUUUCGGCUUCCUGAAACGAAGAACAAGACCUUUGAGGAACUCGAUAUUCUUUUCGCCCAUCGUGUCAAGACUCGCGAGUUUUCCAAGUACAAGGUCGAUGCUUAUGCCGAGGAUGAUCGUACAUUCACCGUCAAGGAUGGUAGUCACUGA